UCCCCCCACCCUCCCUCCCCUUCUUCCCAACUCGACACGUCCAACACCAGUGCGCACUCACUCCUUUCCUCUCCUUUCUUUUGGUCUGUAUUUAGUUCCUGGGUGUGUCCCCAGCUCAACUCGGAGAAACAAUUUUCGUGGGAACUUUGUUGCCAUUGGCCAACCAUAAAUCAGCUGUUGGAGCAUGACUGUUUAGCCAACACACACACUCCGCGUAGGUCUCUUCUUACUGAGGGCCCACGGGGUGUGUGUGAGCCCGGUAUUCACCCUGACUAACACCGUGCCUUCUGGGGGUUUGUUACCGCAAAGGGCACAUACCUGGGACGGAAUAAAUAAUGUAUCGCAAUGUUCUUGUCAGUAACGCAGGAAUGGGCUUGUGCUGGGUGGGAACGGGCUGUUCGGGGGGAAAAGGGCAUGUGGAGGAAACCGGAAUACAAGUCAGUGCCUUGGAGAGGGCUUCGAAGGUGCCAUAAAAAUUCCACAAGGAGAAAACCAAACGGAGAGCGCCGGACGCUGCCUUUAUUUAGGCAUCACGUCUGUGUCGGGCUUUGUGCAGAGCUCCUGUUUUUCUGAUUUCAUUUAUGUGGAAUUGUUGGUAGCUGAUGAACAUUUUGUCAUAGAUGCACCGAUUCGGUUACAGUACUGCGCAAAGCUGGGCCGAGUCUGUCGUUGGUUAUAAAAGCAGAUAUGGUUUCUUGACUAAAAUAGCAACUUCCAACAGCUAAGUUAUUGAUAAAAUAACCUUUUUCUCCUACUUUUUUGGGGCUUCGAUGCUUCGUAAACGACGAAUUAUGGAAUCCAGCUGCAAUAUCACAUAUCUAUUUUUAAUAUUUUAAAAGUGAAAAAGAAUUAACAAAAAAUCACAACGAUGCUACUCUUUUGUCAUACUAAAUAGAGAAAGCAUUUGAAAAAUUCAAAUAAUAUGUUGUGUGUUACUAAGUUUGUAAAAAAAGUGAAAUAUUGAUUGAAUAUUGUACAUUUUUAACCAUUUCAGAAAUAUCGGCUUCAUUUGCAAGCAGAAAUUGCUUCCAAUUUCCCCCUUUUCCAAUAAUUUCUCAUUUUAGUUUUUGUCUUUCUUGUUUCUUUGCAAUUCCAAAGUGACAUCAAAGCUCGGGGAGCUGCAUAUAAAAAAGAAUUGAAAUGUAAUUAUCGAGCUUGUGCUGAUAUCUUCCAAACAGACAAAAUACUGGAGCUGCAGCUUGGUAAGAUUGACUGUUAAAAAGUCAAUAUGACAGAGGGGUCGCCGUUAAAUAAGAGCGAAAUAACUUCGGGUUGAGCGUAAAAGGCUUGUAUCAGCUGUCAUCUGAACGCCUGUUGUUUUGCAUCGUUAAAUUUUAACAUGCUUUUAAACGAUAUUUGUGUGUUCGUAGAACGCCUAUAUUGAUGGUUAUUAAUUUUUCAAAGUGGCAUAAAAGAACGGCCUUGAGCUGAGCAGUCUCUGUGGCAUUACUCGGUAAUGUGAUGUUUAGCUUUUAUCUUUUCCCCCCGAAACAUUUAUUCAUUAGUCUUUUUUCACAUGAGGUCGUUCAGUUAUUUUAUGAUUAUAAGAAAAAGUGUGGAGAGAGAGAGAGAAAAACCACGCAGCCCUGCUUUGAAUGGGCUUUUAUUCUAUUAACUGCACAGACUAUUUACACCCAUCGCCCAUCAUAACAUGCAUAACAGAUUCUGAUCGAAUUAUUUCUGUACACUAUCAUCGCAGAGAUUGCACUCUCAGCAUGUCACUUGUUGUAUUGUUUAGGAGCCCGUUGGUUUUUUGCCGCAAUGGUCGUUAACCUCUGAAUGACCCCGUGUGGAGCCCACGCCUCAGAAAGCUCCGCAGACAGGCAGUGAGGCAGUUGAGCCAGAGGAUGGCGCACCACGACAAUCCAAAACACCCAAACCCUGGCUCGGAGUCUUACCUCGCCAAGAGCGCAUGGUGGCGCGCACCCUUCCCAUCCCACCCAGUAUUUCCUGUGUGCACGAGUUUACCUCUGGAGGUCACCAAGCAGGAUUUACGACUGGUCAACAAAAGCACGUGAUUCUACGCCGUACCCCAUAUUUGGGUGCCUACGUAAGAGAGAAUCAAGUCCAUGUCCCACUCAUUUCCAUAAUUCAUCAUAAAUUGUGCAAGGGUGCUAUAGGACGCGCUAAACCAUAAGAGCCACAAAUCAAGAACACAGGUUUAUGCUAUUUUACCUCUUAAAAUAAACAAACAACAACAACAAAACCUACAACAGGCAAACGGUGGAACUGUCAACAAAUGAGCUCCUAUUUUGUGAACUCAUUCUGCGGUCGCUAUCCCAAUGGCGCGGACUUCCAGUUACAUAAUUAUGGAGACCAUAGUACGGCAAACGAAGAAUACAGAGACUCAACAGCCAUGCAUUCCAGCAGGUACGGCUAUGGCUACAACGGGAUGGACCUAACAGUCGGUCGGACCGGCACCGGACACUUUGUGGGCAGCGAGCGGACGCCGGGCUACUCCCCGAGUCACUCAGCGGCGACGACACCCUCGGUGGAGCCUGUCAGGUACAACCAGUCUGCCAGCAGCACCGGGAACUCGUCUCUAUCGCCUCCACCUGACCCUCUACCGUGCUCCUCGGUGGCCAGCUCGUCCCCGGUGCCCGAGACGCAAUCUCAACACAGAGCCGUGAAGAACUCCAUAACGACCCCGUGCUCAACCCCGUGCUCGAGCUCGAACGGAGGCACGCUGCUGCUCAGUCGGGACUGUGUGUCCAAAGCUUCCCCCCUCGAGGAAGAGAAGCCUGCGGGAAGCGCACCGACAACUCCACAAAAUGUCAGCGACUCAGCACAGCCUCAGAUAUAUCCAUGGAUGAGAAAACUCCACAUAAGUCAUGAUUUGUCUGGACCCGAGGGGAAGAGAGCCAGAACUGCAUACACUCGGUACCAGACCCUGGAGCUGGAGAAGGAGUUCCACUUCAACCGGUACCUGACCCGCAGGCGGAGGAUCGAGAUCGCCCAUGCCCUCUGCCUCUCCGAGAGACAGAUCAAAAUCUGGUUUCAGAACCGCAGGAUGAAGUGGAAGAAGGACAACAAGCUGAAAAGCAUGAGCAUGGCGGCUGCAGGCGGAGGAGCCUACAGGCCUUGAUAUCAAGCUGAUAACGAGCACUACAAAAAUAAAGAUUGUCAUAACUUCUCCUAUUCCAAAUGAUUUAAAAAAAGAAAGAAA